AUGCUUAUGAAAGAAGGUAUUUCGAUAAGUAGAGUUCCAUGUAAGUUACCUAAUGUUUGUGUAGUUGAUGUUAAAGGUGAAGAUGCUUUUAGAUUAAUUGGCGUAUAUGCGCCGGAUAGUAAAACAUGGUUAUGGGAUGAUCUCUCCCAUUUCUUAUCAAAGAAAUGUAUUAUUUAUGGUGAUUUUAAUGUUGAUAUCAUGCAGGAUGGAAAAAAAGCUGAAAUAUUGCUCCAAUGGGCUGACGAUCAAUUUCUAGCUCAAGCUCUACCGAACUCUUCAACUUCAUUACGAUCUGAUAGAGUAAUCGAUUAUGCAUUUGUUCGAGGUUUUAAUAUUGAUAUUCAAGUAUAUAAUGGUAAUACAACUAGUGAUCAUCGUCCAAUACUUUCAGUUAUUCCGUUGAAAGUUUUACAACAAAAGCUUGGAAAAAAUACUCAUUGGAAGGUUUUUAAACUUUUUUCCGAAUACACAUUCUCCUUUUGGGAAGAGAAUUGGAAUCUCUCUUCUAUUGACAUAACAUAUAAUGAUUACAUCCGUUUUUUACAUCUUUUGUCUGCUCGUUGUUCAACCUUUUUUUAUUUAGACAGAUAUCGUUCAGCAUUACCUGUUGAACUAAGAUCGUUCUUAUCCUAUAUUAGAGCUUUGUCUUUUAGACAAAUAAGAACGCAAUGUGACAUACUAAAAAAGGAGGUAUGUUUCCUAAAAAAGAUUGCUAAAAAAGAACUUAAUCUUUUUUUUUCUUCUCAACUUGAUAAUCUUCUUCGUCAUCGUAAUUCUUCCUCCUCGUCAUCUAACUCAUUUUGGUAUAGAAGUAAACGUUUCCUCAAACCAUCGUCUUCCUCUCUACAUGCGUUUCUUGAUUCAUCAGGUCAAAUAGUCAAAGAAAGUGAUCUUAUGUGCAAUAUAGCAGCUGAUUAUUAUGAAGAAUUUUUUAAAGCAUCAAAUAUUGUUAGACCUCAUCCAUAUACUGAUUCACCUGCAAUUGAAUAUGAUAAUAUUAACGAAGUCAUUCCUGAAGUAAAACUUGAUGAACUUAUAAAUACAGUUCUAGCUAAAAAGAAAAAAAAAUCUCUAGAUGCUCAUGGUAUUUCGAAUUAUAUGUUUAAUUUUCUUGAUCUUAAUUACUGGUCUUUAUUGUUAAAACUUUACAAUCAUUCUUUUCAAAAGUCAGUUUUACCUUCUGCUUGGAAAGAUACUCGAAUGAUCUUAUUAGCAAAAAAGGAUUCCAUUUGUCUACCAUCUUUAACUCGUCCUAUUUCACUUCUUGAUUCAUUUCAGAAAAUAGGUGAGAAACUAUUUCUUACUCGAUUUCGUGAUCUUUUAUUUAGAAGAGGUCUUUUACCGGACAGCCAAUCAGGUUUUAGAGAACGUUUUCGUUUACAAACACGUUUACUUCUAUUUCUUGAAGAUAUAUAUAGUCUUAUGUCAAAUAGUGCUCCAGUUUGUACGAUGUUUGUAGAUUUUCGCGCUGCAUUUGAUCAAUUGUGGUUUCUAGGUUGCAUUGGAAAACUACGUAACUUAGGUAUUCCUUCCUCUUUUCUAAAUUGGAUCGAAGUAUGGUUAAAUAACAGACGUUGCUUCAUAGAAAUCAAUGGCAGCAAAUCUCGCUGGUUCUCUAUCGAAAAAGGUGGUCCACAAGGAAGUGUUCUUACUCCAACAUUAUUCAUCACAUAUAAUUGUGAUAUGUGUAGUUCUCUAUCUGGUUGUAUAAAUCACUUCUUUGCUGAUGAUUUAGCUGGAAUUAUGGCCGGUCAAUUAGGAAUAAAUUAUUCUUCUCAAUGUCUUGAUUUGGAAAAAAGAAUCAAAGUUUUUCUUGAUAAUCUUGAUUACUAUUCUUGUUUAACUGAUCAGCCCAUAAAUUUCAAUAAAACUAAAGCUAUGUUUAGUGCGCGUGCAAUUGGUCAUCCUAAAUUUGUUAUUAAUUUUCGUCAAGAUACAAUGGAUAUAAUUGAAUGGACCUCAGAAUAUAAGUACCUUGGUUAUAUAAUUUCACCAAAACUAGGUUGGGGUAAAUUCUUAAAAUAUAUGAUGACUAAAAUUAGACAAAGAAUUUCGUUAAUUAAAUCCUUUAAAAUCUUUGGUUGUUCUUCUCCAUAUCUUCGUAAAACUCUCUUUAUGUCUCAUGUACUACCUAUUUUUACAUGGAUUUAUCCGAUUUACCCUCUUCUUUCUGAAAAUCAACAAAAUGAUUUGUCACAUUUUUAUUAUUCUUCACUUAGGCGUGUAUUGUAUUGUCUACAUUGGAAUGAAAAUUUCUUUGCAUUUGCUCUGGAUGAGAAGUCCCUUGAAGACAGAUGUCAUUCUUAUUGGGAGAAAUACCUUGCAGCUCUAGCUGACUCGAUUGAUGGUGAAUUAUUGUUUGAAAAAGCUAAUUUGAAUGUAUUCAGACAGAUCUGGAUUGAUAAACAAUUUUCAAUUAAAUGUCUACGAACAUCUAAAAGAUUCAUUCCUCACCAAUCAAUUAUAGAAAAAAUUGUUGGGUGGAUGGCUUCUAUUCCUUCUCGUUCAUCCGUACCUGUUUAUGAGAUUGAUGAAAUCCAACUCCUCAAGGAUUUUCCAGAAUCUUUUGAUUCUAUAUGA